GUUUAGUUCAUCGUCAUGUCACGCAAUGUUUUGGUUGUCAUAAAAUCUCGUGCUACCAACAAUUUAAACUCUAGCAUUUUUUCACCUGUCAACUCGGAUAUAUUAAUUAUCUCAAUACUAAUUUUUAUUUAGCAAAGCACAAGUGUUUGUUAACGGGCUUUAAUUCAUUUCAUAGGCAAAUCUGUUAUCAAGAAGAGAGUGUGCCUUGUGUCAUGCUAAUAUGUAUAAUAAUAACAUUUAAUUAUGAAGUAAGUUAGCUGAAGCACAUGCAAUCAUAUGGAGAGGUUGUAAAAGAGCAGAGGAGAGCAUAAGUGCGCUUUGCAUAUCAGUCAAACAUCAUUUAAAUAAAUAACGGCACAUAUGUAUUGUAUUUGCUCAGUCAAUUCCUAUUCUUACAAAGCAAAACACUAAAUAAAUAUUGUGAGAGGUCGUGCAUGAAUUGUUGUGUUUACUAAUAAUAAGGAAGUGUGAUGAUAUUUGUUAUUGCUUAAAGAUUAUAUAGUUUUCAUAUAUUCACAUUGUUAAUGGUGUGUUUUUAUUGUGAGAGCAAAAUAAAUAAAUGCAUUUCUUAAGUGUCAUUUUAAUCGCCUCAGUUCUGCUGUGUGCCCACAAUGUGCAGGCCUACCGCUUCUUGGGCGUUCUUCAUAGCCGGAUCAAAUCACAUAAUAUCGUCGGCACAGCGCUGUUAAAGGAGUUGGCGCGUAGGGGUCAUUCUGUCACCGUCAUAUCACCAUUUCCGCUGAAGAAACCAAUGGAUAAUUAUGUUGACAUAGAAACAUAUAAACUGUCACCAAUCGACUCGGCGGGAGGGCACAUUUUGCAAUCUCCUGCGAGCAGUCUUGCAGAAAGUGUAUUGAUUUUUCAAGCAAUGGGGCUUAAUAUGACGCGCACAUUUCUAGAAGAGAGCAAUGUUAAAGCACUACUUGCUAGUAAUCAGACCUUCGAUGCUGUUAUUUGUGAAGUUUUUCUCGCUGAAGCGCUCUAUGGACUAAGUGAACAUUACAAUGUGCCACUAAUAGGUCUAAGCACCUUCGGCGCCCAUGCUUGGAACACAGAUAUGGUCGGCUCACCUAGCCCACCUUCGUAUGUGCCAAGCGUUUUUCUGUCAUUCAAUGCACGCAUGACGCUGUGGCAACGUGCGAUUAACUUUGUAUUUGGCAUUUUCGAACGUAUGUCGCUCGAUCUAUAUUAUUUGCCAAAACAAGCAGCUAUAUAUAAGGAAUAUUUUCCCAACAACAAACGUGAUAUGUACGAGGUGCGUCGCAACGCUGCCUUAGUACUGCUCAAUCAGCACGUCUCGCUGAGUUUCUCACGCCCUUAUGUCCAUAAUCAGAUCGAAGUUGGAGGCAUGCACAUCAAUCGAACACGCUCACCACUACCAGCCGAUUUAGAACGAUUUAUCAACGGAGCGAAUCAUGGAGUAAUCUACUUCUCAAUGGGUUCCUAUUUGCGUAGUGAGUUUAUGUCUUUGGAUAAACGUCAGGCAAUACUUGAAACAUUCCGUGGCUUAAAACAGCGUGUACUUUGGAAAUUCGAAAAUCCAAAACUUGAAGGUAAACCGGAUAAUGUUUAUAUCAGCGAAUGGUUCCCACAGAGCGACAUUUUGGCACAUCCGAAUGUGAAAUUCUUCAUUACGCAUGGCGGUUUACUCGGUACCACUGAGUCCAUUUAUCAUGGCAAACCUUUUAUUGGCAUACCGAUCUUCGCCGAUCAGUUUCUCAAUAUGAAUCGCGCCGAAACUGGCGGCUAUGGUAUAGGGGUUGAUUACAAUGGUUUAACGAAAGAGAAAUUCCAGUCGGCCAUUGAACGUAUGUUGAAUGAUGAGAGCUAUACGAAGCGUGUAGCGGAUAUAUCAGCGCAAUAUCGCGAUCAGCCAAUGAAUCCUUUGGACUUGGCAGUUUAUUGGGUGGAAUAUGUGGUGCGGCAUAAGGGUGCAAGGCAUUUACAUUGCGCCGGACAAGAUUUGAGCUUCAUACAAUAUCAUAGUAUUGAUAGCAUGUUGAUCAUAUUUGGUGGUCUGACUUCAGUGCUGUUGCUGAUCUUGCUGCUGAUACGUUCUGUAUGGGGUUGGUUACAAUUUGUGCUUGCGCGUAAGGAUAUCAAGAAGAAGACGCACUGAAAUGUGAGAAUUAGUUUAAGUUGUUUGUUGUUAAUUAAUCAGUUGUUUAUGUUUUUGAUAAUAAAACAUUUUUUAAUAAAAAA